UCCCCCCUCCCUGCAGCUUGAAGUCACUGGCUUUUCCCUGCCUGCUUGGGUGUGGAGCCAGAAUCCAAGGAACUGUUGUUCUCUGACAGCCUAGUAAGAGAUCUUUUUUCUCCCCUGCCAAUGGCCGCCUGCAGCUCUUUGAAGAACAUCUGCGAAUAUGAGACUAACAGAGUUGUGCGCUUCCAGAGCAUUUUCUACGGGAGCCUCAAAUGGGCCAUUCAUACAGUUGUCUUCACAUACGUCAGUGUUGUUCUUAUUGCUGACAAACGUUACCAGAAGAAGGACAAUGUCAUCAGCUCGAUACACACCAAAGUGAAAGGAGUGUCUCAGACAGAUAUGAGGAUUUGGGACACAGCGGAAUAUACCAUUCCCAUGCAGGGAAUAAAUUCCUUUUUUGUGGUAACCAAUAUCAUCAUGACAGAAAGCCAGACCCAGGGAGUGUGCCCGGAGUUCCCCAUUGCCAAAGCAAUUUGUACUACCGACAGAAGUUGUACGAAAGGUGGUGUGGAUCCCAUAAGUAAUGGAAUCCAGACCGGGAAAUGUGUGCAGUAUAACUCAACAUUGAAAACGUGUGAGGUGAAGGCAUGGUGUCCUGUGGAAUCAAUGAAAAGUGCCCCUGAGCCUGCUAUUUUGAGGAGUGCUGAAAAUUUCACUGUCCUCAUCAAAAACAACAUCCACUUUCCAAAGUUUAAUUUCACAACAAGAAAUAUUUCACCGGAAUUUAAUACUUCCUGCACAUACAACGAGAGAACGGCUUCUUCCUGUCCCAUUUUCAGGCUAGGAGAUAUCCUCCAGUUAUCAGGAGAAAACUUUUCAGAGGUGGCUGUUCAGGGUGGCAUCAUGGGCAUUGAAAUUAAUUGGGAUUGUAACCUGGACAAAUGGCGUCACCGCUGUCAACCCAAGUAUGGUUUCCGGCGCCUGGAUGACAAGAAAACCAGUGAGGCGUUGUACCCUGGCUACAAUUUUAGAUAUGCUCGGUAUUACAAGCAGGCCAACGGGAGGGAGGAGAGGACCCUGAUCAAAGCCUACGGCAUACGCUUCGACAUCCUUGUGUUUGGCAUGGCAGGACAAUUUGAUUUCUUUGAGCUGCUGGUGUACAUAGGUUCAGCGCUGUCCUACUUUGGCCUGGCUCAGCUAACUGUCGAUUUUCUUAUCACAUCCUACUCAUGCGCCUGCUGCAAAUAUGAUCCAGUGAGGGAGUAUUAUUACAAGAAAAAGUGUGAAUCAGUGCCUGGACCAAGAUGGACUGUGUUGUAUGUGACGUUCGUCGAUGAGCCGCACAUCUUUAUGAUCGACAAAUUGCUGAAGACAAGCCUACAGAAUAUUAAAGGCAAAAUUGUUCAUAGACAAACAGGCAACUUUAAGCGGGCCCCAAAACUCCUCUUGAAGCCCCCAAACGAAGCGAGAUCUCGUGGAACCCCCCAGGAGCUGCAGCCCCUCCAAAACGACCGGGUGGCCUCUCCGUCCCGUGAGCGUCCCCCUUGGUGCAGCUGUGGGGAAUGCCGUCCGACGGAGCGCCAUUGGGAGCAGCUCUGCUGCCGAAGGAAGGAGGGGGCUUGCAUUGCGGCCUCGGCGUUGUUCGAACAGCUGGUGCUUUCUAGGCCGAGGCUGGAGUUUAUCCUCCUCUACACUGACCCCUUGUUGGACCUAAGGGCCGAUUUCAACAAGGGGCUCCGGCACUGUGCCUACGAGCAGUACAUUCACUGGCGCUUUGGGGAGGAGUUGGAAGAAAGAGCUGUUCUGCCAAGCUGCUGCAGAUGGAAGAUCAGAGAUGCUUUUCCUAGUGAGAAGGGCGAGUACACGGGCUUUAAGAGCCAACAAAAAACUCUUCACUGAAACUCUGGAGUGUGGGAAUAAAGCUGGUUCUACAGGGAGCCUUAGGGCCUGCCAUGAGAGCUUAUGGGCACAAGGAACACCCAACUCCUUCACUCUGAAGGCCUCUCUUUGUCCAGCAUUUCAUUCACACAAUAGCCAACCAGUUGCCUGGGGAGUUGGUUGUCUUGUUGCUCAAGAAAUCUAUACACUGUUUCCAGUCUUUCAGAGAGUCUCCAGUUGGUUUAUCCUGUACAGUCCACUUCGCUUAGGCAAGUUCUGCAACUUUUACAAUCUGUUCUUCUGUUCCCAAUCUAUUUCCAUAUUUGAGCUAUAAUAGCAUUCUUGUCACUGUUGUCACACAUUGAAGGAGCAGUCUGUGUUUAUAUCCUAUCCUAUCCCUAGUACUCAAGAAAAACAUUUCUGGUGAGUUUAAAAACUUGACCUUUAAUUUU